AUGCGGCCUGUUAUUUUACUCUUCCAAUGGCUUUGCACAAGUACCCUCGCAGCAGCCCAAACUUGCCCAGACUACGCCGACUACGCUGCUGCUCCACAUGCACCUUUCUCGGGUGGAGUAUAUAAUCUCUCCUACCAGAGGCCUGCGCCUAGUUGCCGGACUUUCACAUCACCAGCUGUCGAAAGCACCAUUGCCCGUCUGAAUUCAACAAUUACAGACCCCGACCUUUCCCGCCUGUUCGAAAACAGCUUUCCCAAUACUUUAGACACUGCGAUCAAAUGGAAAGGGUACGCUGCAGACAACGCAGACGAGGAGUUAACGUUUGUCAUUACGGGAGACAUGUAUACACCACCCUCCGAAUCCGGCCUCCCACCCUCCAUCAACAGCGCCGCUACCAACGACGUGGUGACCCCGUCAUACGCCAAUACCACGGUCUAUGAGUGUAAAUACGAGCUCGAUUCCCUCGCCGCAUUCCUCGAGAUCAGCACAGACUACUACACGGCCACCAACGACCUCGCCUUCUUCUCGAAAUACAGUUGGGUCGCUGCGGUGCAAGCCGUUUUAAACACCGCUCAAUCAAUGACAAUCUCAACCUACGCAGCAAACGGCAGCGUCAACACCCUCCCUUACACCUUCCAACGCCUCACCACCUCCGCCGAGGAUACCCUCGCCAACAAGGGCACCGGAAACCCCGUCCAAAACGGUACCGACCUCAUCCGCUCCGCCUUCCGACCUUCAGACGACGCAUGCAUCUACCAAUUCUUCAUCCCCGCCAACAUGAUGUUCGCCCACCAGCUCAACACCACCUCCGCCCUCCUGACCGCCAUGGGCACCGCCAACAGCACGGACCUAGCCACCGAACUGACCGCCCUGUCCGCCUCCCUCAGCGCCGCAAUCACCCGGCACGGAAUCUUCCCCGACCCCGUCCACGGCGCCGUCUACGCGUACGAAGUCGACGGCUACGGCGGACGCAACAUCAUGGACGACGCCAACAUCCCCUCCCUCCUCUCCGCGCCCCUCAUCGGCUACCUCGCCCAAAACGACUCCGUCUACCAGGCAACCCGCGCACUCUUGCUCAGUGCCGACACCGACCCCUAUUUCAUGCGCGGCCCCGUCAUCGACGCUGUCGGUGGGCCCCACGACGGUCCCGGGUUCGCCUGGCCGAUGGCGAGCAUCGUGCGCAUCUUUACGAGCGGGGAUGACGGGGAGCUGGCCGGUUCGUUGAAGGAGCUGGUCGGGUCUACGGAUGGUCUUGGUGGGUGGUCGGCUUGCGAUGUCUUUCCUUUUAUCUUCUUCUUCUUCUUCUGCGAGAGACUGUACAAAACUGACCAACCCACUUUCCACCCAACAGGCCUGAUCCACGAAAGUGUCAACACGUUCGAUCAGUCGCAUUACACGAGACCGUGGUGA